AUGGCCACUUCAAACGACUAUCAGAUCAAGCAGGAAUUCAAAUUAGGGACGCCUGCUCCCACGACGGCAACAACGUCCACUGGGACACAUACAAAUACAGACAUUGCUACACCAAGGACAAUAGAACCCGCCACAUCCAAGGACCAGCCGUCAAACAAUAGUAAGCAAUCACAGAAACUAAGACAGUUUCAUAGAACCUCCCUGGGAGACUGGGAUUUUGUAGAGACGGUGGGUGCUGGCUCCAUGGGUAAAGUUAAGCUAGCCAAAAACCGUCGAACUAAUGAAGUUUGCGCAAUUAAGAUUGUAAAUAGAGCAACCAAAAUUUUUCUAAGUAAAGAAUACGCAGCCAAGCAUAAUGGGUAUACCAUUCCAUUAAGCGAAAAGGAAGUUAUAGAACGACAGAAAAAUCUAGAGAAGGAGGCCUCUAGAGAUAAGAGAACGGUAAGAGAGGCCUCCUUGGGUCAAAUCCUUUAUCAUCCACAUAUUUGUCGAUUGUAUGAAAUGCAUACGCUAUCUAAUCAUUUUUAUAUGCUUUUCGAAUAUGUUUCAGGAGGUCAACUACUAGAUUACAUUAUCCAACAUGGUUCAUUAAAGGAAUCUCGAGCAAGAACAUUUACCAGGCAAAUUUGUAGUGCUUUAAAAUAUUUACAUUCACAUAAUAUUGUCCAUAGAGAUUUGAAGAUUGAAAACAUUAUGAUAUCCAAAGAUGGUAAUAUUAAACUGAUAGAUUUCGGGCUCUCUAAUCUCUAUGAUAAAUGUAAUAAACUGAAAACUUAUUGUGGAUCGCUUUAUUUUGCAGCUCCGGAACUUCUAAAAGCAACUCCUUAUAUUGGCCCCGAAAUUGAUGUUUGGUCCUUUGGUGUAGUUCUUUAUGUCCUGGUAUGUGGGAAAGUACCAUUUGAUGAUGAAAAUUCAAAUGUAUUACAUGAAAAGAUUAAACAAGGUAAAGUGUUUUAUCCGCAAUUCCUUUCAAUUGAGGUAAUAUCCUUAUUAUCCAAGAUGCUCGUGGUAGAUCCCUUCAAGAGGGCCACAUUAGAUCAGGUAAUGAAUCAUCACUGGAUGGUUAGAGAUUGUGAUGGUCCACCAAAAUCUUAUAUUCCUGAUAGACCUCCUUUAACGAUAGAACAGUUAGAUGUAAAAGUCAUUAAAGAGAUGAAAAGAUUGGAGUUUGUAGACGAUGUGGAACAAACAAUAAGAAAACUGUCAAAAGUAAUCUCUAGUGAGAGAUAUAUAAGAUUAUCCAAAAGCUAUUGGGAUAAAAAACACUCGCAUACCAGUGAUAAGGAAUUUCAAAAUCCUCUAGUAUCCUACCAUCCAUUGAUUUCAAUAUAUUACUUAACGAAUGAAAUGCUAAAGAGGAAGGCUAAAAAAUUGGAAAAUAAUCAAAUAGUAUCAGAAAAUGAUAUUAAUAUGAAGCAGUUACAAAUUCAUGAUAAUAAUGAACAAACCACUAGAGGAUCAAAGCAAGGGGAAACACCUUUCCAAGAAAAGCAAGAAAAUAAUGAAACAUCCAACGAACCUAUACCACCACCAAUAUCACCAAAGGAACCAACAUUAAAGGAACCAUUACAUGUAGAAAUACCCAAACAAACUAUGUUAAGGUCGCCUGAACGUGUAGAUUCAUCAACUCUUACAAAGAAAAUAUCAAAUGAAACUCAAAAUCAACCAAAUGAACUUGACUACGUCUUAUCCCCAAUCCCCCAACCAAAUGAUGAUCGUAAAUCUAAUCAAGGUUCCCUUGCCUUUUCACUCAACUCACAAAAUCAAAACCAGCAACAUCAUAAGAAAACUGAUUCCAUUGAAUCAUCGGAAAAGAAUAAAUUUGGUUCUUUAUUCAGAAGAUUAUCCCAACAUAGAAAUCAAGCCAAUGUUCAAAAACAAGGCACACAGAAUCCACCUUUACCUAUGAGAAAAACUCAUACAAGGGCAGUCUCAGACUUCCCACAACCAAUUACAAAGAUAUCAUCAUAUGCUCCAUCAUACACUUCAACAGAGGAAAAUAAUAAGAAUACAAUCUUACAAACAUUAGGAAGAGUAACAUCAGCAAAGAAAUACUCACCCAAUGAUGAAAUACCAUCAUUACCACCUAAUGCUGAUAAGAUUGUCCAAGAUGAAGUGAACAAGACACAUGGCGUUGAAGUUCCUGAACAAUUAUUUGCACCAGAACGUUCGCCAUCAAGAUCACCUACAAGUAGAGAAUCUUCCAAUAUAUUAAAGGAAAGUAGGUUACAUAAGACACAAAGAACAAAAUCAGUGGGUCACGCUCGUAGAGAGUCUCUAAAAUUCUUAAGACCAUCAAUGUUGAAUAAUACCGGCAAGGAGAGUAACACUAAUGAUAAUGGGGGACCUCUUGAUGCAACAGGAUAUUUAGAAUACCAUGGUAAUAAAUCAGAAGAUGGCACAUCAUAUCCGAUUGAGUCAGCAGAUAAUAAUGAACCACAGUUAUUAACUGAUAAUGAAAUCUUAAGAGAAGCUGCGAAGGCCCCACCGGGUACUAUGCCUUCCAUUGAUUAUCCACGUUCCUUAUUCUUAAAGGGAUUUUUCUCUGUGCAGACAACAUCAUCAAAACCUUUGCCCAUUGUUAGGUAUAAGAUUAUUUAUGUAUUGAAGAAAUUUGGAAUUAAGUUUAAGGAGGUGAAAGGUGGAUUCAUCUGUAUUAGAGAAAUGUCAUUUAGAAAAAAUAGUUCAAAUGAAACAUCGCCAACAAUAAUUGAAAGUAAUAGCAAUAACAGUAACAAUAGCAAAGAAAUUAAUAAAUCUCAUUUCCCUGGUGAUCCAGAUUAUUCGCUCACGCAACAAAAGAGAAGUGGCUCCAAAAAAUCACCGCUUUCCAAGGAUACAGCAUCCUUCGGAACAGAUUCCAUUGAUAUGGGACCAGAGAAUAUAUCACCUGUGGAAGGUUCAAUCAAUGAUUCCGUUGUUAUAACCCCACAAGUACAAAAUAUAUCAGAAAACAAAUCUUUAACAUCGUUAGGAUAUGGAUUCGAUGGAUUGACAAGUGCUGAAGAUAAACAUUUACUUAAAUUUGAAAUUCAUAUUGUGAGAGUUAGAAUUGUCGGUUUAGCUGGUGUUCAUUUUAAGAAGGUAUCCGGUAAUAGCUGGACUUAUAAAGAAACAGCAUCACUCAUCUUAAAAGAAUUGAAUUUAUGA